AUGCGAGACUUGAGGUUUAACAGAAUACGAGAAAUUCCUGGGAGUGUCUUCAAGAAACUUAAGAAUUUGAACACUCUUCUCCUGAACAACAACCAAAUCAGACAGAUUUCCAGAAAUGCUUUUGAAGGACUUGAAAAUUUACUUUAUCUGUAUCUGUACAAGAAUGAAAUUCAUGCCCUCGACAAGCAAACCUUUAAAGGACUCAGAUCCUUGGAACAGCUCUAUAUUCAUUUCAACCAAAUAGAAACGCUACAGCCGGAGACCUUUGGAGACCUUGUGAAAUUAGAAAGACUGUUUUUGCAUAAUAACAAAUUAUCGAAAAUUCCGGCCGGGAGCUUUUCUCAUCUGGAUUCAUUAAAGAGACUGCGUCUGGAUUCCAAUGCCCUAGUUUGUGACUGUGACUUAAUGUGGCUGGGGGAACUUAUGCAAGGCUAUGCCCGAGAUGGCCAAACUCAGGCUGCUGCUACAUGUCAAUAUCCCAGAAGGCUCCAGGGACGCUCCAUUGCUUCCGUAACGGUGGAGGAGUUCAACUGUGAGAGUCCCCGAAUUACUUUUGAGCCCCAGGAUGUGGAGGUAACAUCGGGGAAUACUGUCUACUUCACUUGCCGAGCGGAAGGAAACCCCAAACCGAAGAUUACUUGGAUACACAACAACCAUUCAUUGGAUUUGGAAGAUGAUACUCGACUUAACUUGUUUGACGAUGGGACACUCAUGAUCCGAAACACCCGUGAGUCGGACCAAGGUGAAUAUCAGUGCAUGGCCAGAAACUCAGCCGGGGAAGUCAAGACCCAGAAUGCCAUGCUCAGAUACUCCAGUCCUCCAGCCAAGCCUAGUUUUAUAAUCCAGCCCCAGGACACAGAGGUUUUAGUUGGCACAAGCACAACUUUGGAAUGUAUGGCCACGGGCCACCCACACCCCCAUGUUACUUGGACGAGGGGCAGCGGAGAGGCCCUGGAUGGAUCCAGGCACCUGGCUACUUCCGGAGGACUCUACUUGCAAAAUGUCACCCUGCAGGACCACGGUCGAUUUACCUGUCACGCCGCCAAUAAUCAAGGCUCUGUCCAAGCCACAGCGAACAUAAUUGUACAAGCUCCUCCACAAUUCACAAGAAUUCCCAAGGAUCAAAUGGUAAUAGAAGGACAUUCUGUAGAAUUUCUCUGUGAGGCUGAAGGCAACCCACCUCCAAUAAUUGCCUGGACCAAAGCAGGGGGGCAGCUCCCUCAGGAAGGUCCACAUACAGUUCUCUCCUCUGGCACUUUGAGAAUUGACCACGUGGCACAUCAUGACCAAGGCCAAUAUGAGUGUCAGGCAGUCAGUCCAUUGGGAGUGAAAAAAGCGUCUGUCCGGCUGACUGUAAAACCCAAAGCUCUCCCAGUGUUUACUCAACUACCUCAGGACACGAGCAUACAGGUUGGCAAGAAUAUAAACAUUUCGUGUCAUGCUCGAGGAGAACCACAGCCCGUGAUUACUUGGAAUAAGGCAGGUGUUCAGAUUACGGAGAGUGGUAAAUUCCAUGUCAGUGGUGAAGGCGUGCUCACCAUCUAUGAUGCAGGGCAAGCAGACCAAGGAAAGUAUGAAUGUGUGGCUCGGAACCCAUUUGGCCUUGUUGCGGCCAACAUGUUUCUCACGGUCAUCGCAAUACAGGCUAGACAAGCUGGCGAUGACUUUGUUGAAUCAUCCAUUCUUGACGCGGUACAGAGGGUUGACAGUGCAAUUAACUCCACACGAAGACAUUUGUUUUCACAAAAGCCUCGCACCCCUGCUGAUCUGCUGGCUCAGUUUCGUUAUCCGCAUGACCCGUUUACUGUGGAGACAGCCAGAGCUGGGGAGAUUUUUGAGUACACGCUUCUGCUGACCCAGGAACACGUGAAGCAGGGGCUCACUGCUCAUCUGGAAGGCAGAGAAUUCCGCUACAACGACCUGGUGUCCCCGCGCUACCUCAGCCUCCUCGCCAACCUGUCGGGCUGCACCGCGCACAGGCAGGUGCCCGACUGCUCGGACCUGUGCUUCCACCAGAAGUACCGAGCCGCGGACGGCACGUGCAACAACCUGCAGCACCCCGCGUGGGGCGCGUCCCGGACGGCCUUCGAGCGCAUCCUGAAGCCUGCCUACGAGAACGGCUUCAACCUGCCGCGCGGCGCGGGCCGCCGGCCCCUCCCGCCGCCCAGCCUGGUGUCCACGGAGCUGGCGGCCACGGCCACGGUCACCCCGGACGACCGGUACACGCACAUGCUCAUGCAGUGGGGCCAGUUUCUGGACCACGACCUGGGCCACACGGUGCCCGCGCUGAGCACGGCGCGCUUCUCGGACGGCCGGCCGUGCAGCGCGGUGUGCACGAACGACCCGCCCUGCUUCCCCAUCCAGCUGCCCGACGGCGACCCCCGCCGCGCCCACGCGGCCUGCCUGUUCUUCGCGCGCUCCAGCCCCGUGUGCGGCGGCGGCGCGACGUCGCCGGCGACGCGCUCGCUGUACGCGCGCGAGCAGGCCAACCAGCUCACCGCCUACCUCGACGGCUCCAACGUGUACGGGAGCUCGGAGCGGGAGUCCCGGGCGCUCCGGGACCUGGCCGCGCCGCGGGCUCUGAGGACCGGCCCGCCGUGGGCGCCCUCGGGAAAGCACCUGCUGCCCUUCGCGCCUGCCCGCCCACCGAGCGCGGCGUGCCCGGUCUGUGCCUGCCGCAGCCCCUGCUUCCUGGCCUGGGACCACCUGGCCAACUAGCAGCCGGCGCUCACGGCCAUGCACACGCUGUGGCUCCGGGAGCACAACCGGCUGGCCGCGGAGCUGCGCGCCCUGAACCCCCACUGGGACGGAGACACCCUGUACCACGAGGCCAGGAAGAUCGUGGGCGCCGAGCUGCAGCACAUCACCUACAGCCACUGGCUGCCCAAGAUCCUGGGGGAGCCGGGCAUGAGGCUGCUGCGGGGGUACCGGGGCUACGACCCCAGUGUGAACGCGGGCAUCCUGAACUCCUUCGCCACCGCGGCCUUCAGGUUCGGCCACACGUUAAUCAGCCCGGUCCUGCAGCGGCUGAACGGCAGCUUCGGCGAGAUCCCCGAAGGCCACCUGCCACUGCACGAGGCCUUCUUUGCGCCGUCCAGGAUAAUCGACGAGGGCGGGAUAGACCCCCUCCUUCGGGGGCUGUUUGGCACGGCGGCCGAACUGCGGGUGCCGUCCCAGCUGCUGAGCCCGGAGCGGACCGAGAAGCUCUUCUCCAGCGCCCGCUCCGUGGCCUGGGAUCUGGCGGCCACAGACAUCCAGAGGGGGCGGGACCACGGCAUCCCCCCCUACGCCGACUUCCGGGUGUUCUGCAACUUGAGCUCGCCGGAGAGGUUCGAGGACCUUCGGAACGAGAUUAGAGACGCAGGGAUUCGACAAAAACUGAAAAAGUUGUACGGCUCUCCAGGCAACAUUGACCUCUGGCCCGCCCUCAUGGUUGAAGACCUGAUCCCUGGUACGAGAGUGGGACCAACACUUAUGUGCCUGUUUGUUACUCAGUUUCAGCGGCUAAGAGAUGGAGAUAGGUUCUGGUAUGAGAAUCCCGGAGUGUUCACCCCCGCGCAGCUCACUCAGCUGAGGCAGGCGUCCCUGGGCCGCGUGCUCUGCGACAACGGCGAUAACAUCCAGCAGGUGCAGGCCGACGUGUUCGUGAAGGCGCAGUACCCGCAGGAGUACCUGAGCUGCAGCGAGAUACCGCAGGUGGAUCUGCGCGUGUGGCAGGACUGCUGCGAAGGCUGUAGGAGCCGAGGACAGUUGAGAGCAUUCGCACAAGAGUCUCGAAAGAAACGCUCUGCUCAAUACAGCUAUCCUGACGAGCAAGAUAAGGACUUACGUGAUCUGAGUCGUGGGCAACAAGAUCACUUGUCCGUAGUUGAAGAUGGUAGAAAUGUGACGUUUCUGGCAAAAACAGAGUUUGCCCAAGAUUUCAGCAAUUUUGCAGCAGAAAUUCAAAAAACCAUCAAAGCUCUCAGAGAACAGAUAAACAAGCUGGAGGCACGCCUCAGGCAGGCGGGAUGCACGGAUGAUGAAGGGAUUCAGAGGAGAGACCAGGAACACUGGAUGAAGGACGACUGCAUUCGCUGUACGUGUAAGAGUGGCCAGGUCACCUGCGUGGUGGAGACUUGUCCCCUGGCUGCGUGCCCCCGUCUGGAGUCGGUGAAAGGAACCUGCUGUCCGGUUUGCGGAGACCCGGCCGAUUCCCCGGAGAAACGCUAACCAGUGUCAUCGCUCUUGAGCCCUGAGUGGGGGAAUUUCUCAGGAAAAGACAGGCACGUCGGACUUCAGUACUUUUCACCCGGAGUCACACUCCAGGCGCAGAAGUCACUGACAAAGUAGUUCAUUUAACUCUCCGACACACGGGAGAUCUUUUGUCUUUCCAUCUUCUAAUGUACCGUGAAGUAAUGCAAAAAUUCAAGUCUAUAAAGUACAUAGGAAUUAUUUUAUUGUAAGAAGGAUUUCGUAUUGAAAGCCACCAGUUUUAUCUGCCGUACAUGGAAAUGAAAAGAAUAUCAUGCGGCAUUGUUUUUUUUUGUUUGUUUGUUUGUUUGUUUUUAGAUCUGAGGAUUGUGGAAAAGCUCUCAUGUCAAAAUUCAGAGAGAUUUUAUGAUCUCCAGGAAUUUUGAGAGGAUACGUUUUGCACUCAGAGAAAACACCUGGAAAGAUUUUUGCGAUAGCUUCGGCACAACGCGUGAUGCUGCUUUCCUAUUGCACUCUGUCUUUUGCGCCUAGAACCUAGAUAAUGGCCAGAUUUUGCUGGAAACGCACUUCCCUUAACCGUCACGAGGCUCUAACUUGUAGAACAUUAGGGGGAAGUCGGGGAAAGUAUAAUUUGGGGGAGCUUGCUAUGUUGUGCAUUUGGCUGGGAAAUACAAACACUGUGAAGCGAACGAGCCUUCAAAGGAGCGUGGCACAAUACCCGCCUUUCCCUUGUGCCAUUCUGGUCACGUGUGAGGUGUCGAAAUUGAAAUUUUCCAAGUCUGAGCAACUUGGGAACAAUUCAAAUCUGAAUUUACUGUCAGAAAAAUGGGAAAUGCCUGCGGCUUAAACGAAAGGUCGUGCUAUGAGAUUUCUUCUAAUUUUGGCACUCUGUAUAGCAUCUCAAAUACAACCCAAUAUAAAAAAUAAAAAUUAAAAAAUACAGCCCAAUAGAGAACAGGUUUAGCUAUACUCAGAAUUGGAUGUUUAGUAAGUUAGGUGAGUUUCUUAUAAUCAAUGCUUUUAAAAUAUUGUGCACCCAUAUGUAGGGGUUGGUUACAGUUGUUGGUAGAUUUCUUUAAGAAAUUCUUGUUCUAGAACCUUUGAGGAGAGACUUCAUGUAGUGUCCUGCCCAGGGAGGCUCUUAGGGUGGUAACUCUACUGAUACCCAGUUGCAAAAUAGACAUUUAACAACAGGCAUCAUCUCCCAGUAUUUAGAAGCAUUGUGUGAAGUGCAGGACUCAUUUUAGUCAAAAUAUCCUCAUGGUUUUAGUAUUAUGAGUGAAGAAAGAUGUUUUUGGAGUUUGAUGAUGCACAUCAUUAUUUUAAAAAUGUGCUGGUGAUCCCCUCCCAAGAUCCCAAAUAACUUCUAUGAAACAGUUUACGGGCAAAACGUAGUAUGUCCUAAAGGUUUGACAUUUGAUGCCUUUUGAAAUCCAAAGUAAUUUCUACUUAACGUUUCGAAAGGCAAAACGUAGCAGGUCCCAAAAGCUUGACAUUUGGUGGCCUUUCCAAACCCAACAAAGUGAAAUGAAGCCAAACCUCAUGGAAGUGUAAUUUGUCCCUCUGAAACAACCACAGCAAGCGUAUUGCAAAUGACAGUAACACAGCUAAGAGUGGAGGCUUCUCGUCAUGUUCAUUUGUCAUUGUAUCCUUUCCUUCAAGUUGAAGCAAGACCUGCAUGGUAUCUCGUGUUAUUUUUUUAUACCCUGGCCACAUGUUAACAUGGAUGCCACCUGGUCAAUGUUUGGCUCAUUAACCAUAAGCAAAUAUCAAAAUAACAGCAUCAAAUUAUCAUUUAAAAUGGAACACGGGAAUUUUAAAGCUUGUCCGUCAGUCGACAAUUGGAAAAUAUUCAGUCCCCCUUACAGAUAUGGUUAUAAUGCAGAUUACCUUUCUUCUUUCUUCAUUUUACUGCAUUUCAUUUAUUUCACUAU